AAAUCAAAUUUAAUAUAUCAAAAAAAGAAAGUUUUAAUCUCUACAUAUUUAUAUGUAUAAAUAAAUGUUUAAUUAAGUUGAUAUAAAGUACAACGAGUGAAGCUAUCAAACGCAAAUUAAUUUAUUAUUGGAAAAACACGAAAAAAGAAAAAAAACAAACAUUUGGCAGAACGAAAAAGCGGCGCUAAAAACGUUAAAAAAAUUUUCACGAAAAAUAUUUUAACGUUUUCAUAAGCUUUCUGGAAAGAUAUCAGAAAUAAAGGUUUUGCUCGUGUUUUAAAUGCGGAAGCGUUAACAUCGGUACCCAACCCCCAUCGGAUGAGAAAAAAAUCAAUGCUUUAAAUGAUGCGAAGGUGCAAGAGAAAUGACAGUUUGAGAGUUUUAUAACAACGACAACAAAACGUAAAAAACUCUUAAUCAUCGCUUAACUUGUAUGUCGUUUCUUAGAAAAUUAAUGAAAUCGGUAAAAUUUUUUAAAAAUUUUGUAACAGCUACAACUUAAAGACAGACAUAACCUAAUGUGUUAACAAUUACUAUAACUAACAACAAUAAGUAAAAACCAAUAUAUGUAUAUAUAUUUAUAUAUAUAUAUAUAUAUCUCAUAAUCAUUUUAUUUGCUUUUCUCUAAAGUUCAAAGUGUGAUAAUUCUCUUCGUAACCUUAAGCGAGGUCGGCCGUUAAAAGAACAAAAAGUGCUAGUUUCCCACUAAAAAAAAAACGGAAACAAUUCUUGUGACGUACGGAAAUGUGGAAUAAUUUUGUACGCGUUGCUUAAAGGAAAUCGCAAAAAUCAAUUAAUUCGAUAUAUACGUGUGCCGUAUGAAAAAGUGAUAGACAAACGUUAAAGAGACAAAUUUUAAGCCACACUGCAAAUUAAAACAUCAAGUCAAGCCACACACUGUAAGCGUACAAAAAACUAAAACAAAAAUACUUUGUAAAAUUGUAUAAAUAUAGAAAAUUCCCUUAAGUUUCGUAAAAAAUUUUUUGUUGUAUACAAAAAAUUUCCCAACUACGUGACGUAUCUGUGUUUAAGUGCGAUUUCUUUUUUUUUAUUUUUCUCUUAAAAAAAACGAUAUCCAACCGCAAUUAUUAGUGCAACAACAGCAGCAACUACUAUAGCUUUUACUAUUGCAAAAAAAAAAAGAAGAAAACUAGCCAUCUUAUUUUACUUAACACAACUCUGGGAAUUGUUACAAAUUUACAAGUUACGUGUGAGAAAGAGACAUCAAACGUUUUACUCCAAUAAAACGACGUAGCGAAUUAAAUUAUAAAACAACAACGAGAGAAAGAAACUGAAGGGUUUACAAAGUAAAAAGACCACGACUAAAUGCGCAAUAGAGUACUAUUACGAGAUAAGGAGGGAAGACGAAGAACUGGAUAAUUUAAAGUUGAAGUGGAAGAGAAGAAAGAAAGACCGCCGUCGCCACCUCCUCCUCCUCAUCAUCAUCAUCAUCCCCAUCAUCCUAGCAACGCAAACAACUAACGGCAAGGCAAGCACGUAAGCGUUUUUGCAUAGAAAAAAAAGCUUAAACAAGUGAAUAAUUAACAGACUGAUUAAUAUAAUAAUAAUAAAUUAAUAAUUAUUAAAAAAAGCAAGUAUACAUAUAAUCAAAAAAGCUAUAUAUACAUAUAAACGUAUAUAAGGAAUUACAUAUAUAACACAUAUUGUAAAUAAGGAAAAGUCUAAAAAGAGACUAUAAGAAAGAGACCGGGAGAAGGAAAGAGACGAGAAAGGCGUGCUUUCGGCACACGAAAGGUGAGCAGUGUAUCGGUGUAAGGCCUAUUAAGUGCAUAUUGAAGGCAACGGUUUGGCUUUUUAGCUGAGAAAAAAAAAUCUACAUUUGUUAAAAAAUUAAAGACGCAGCAUUGCCAUUCCAAAAGCACCACCAGCUUAUUAAGAGCGGCCGAAGCGAUACAAGAAUCCCCCAAUUAUAAUUAAUAGCAAACAACAUUGAUUUUAUUGUGUGUGAUAUUUAAAAUUAAGCAUUAAUUUAAAAAAAAAUAAAAAACAGAUAAACAUAAUAAUCAACAAUAAAGACGAGCCGACGAAGACGACGACGACCAACGUUGCUCAGAAACGUCAGAUUAGUGGAAGAUAGAGAGUGAGAGAGAGAGAGAGAGAGAGAGAAAUUGUUUCAGUGGAAACUAAAACCAAACAAUAACAACAAUUGUACUAUGACAUACUCGCACAAUAGCGUUAGUAACAAUCUUAAGAUGACGACAGCAACAGCAGCAACUGCCGCCGCAGCAUCAACUAUACGUACGAAAAAUGUGUCGCAUGGGGGAGGCGGCAGCGGUAAUUCACCUCCAUCAACACCAUCCCUAAGUGCACAUUCCAACAGUAUUGCCAGCAGUACAAAUUAUCAACAACAACAACAACAGCAGCUAAUAUUAAGCUCUUCACCCCCAGGAUGUCCAAUGUCCUCGGGCGCAUCUACCACCUCGAAUUGCAGUAGCAGUUCGAGUGUUUCUUCAUUAGGCUCGGCCGGUAACGGGAGCGGUGGAUAUUUUGGCUCCGCCCGAAAACAGCAACGUAACCGGCAGCAGCAACGACGUUCACCCCAGCAGCAAGCACAACAUCAGCCGCUACACUACCAGCAAGCCGGAAGUACAAAUAAACGUUACGGAGGCAGCGGACAAAAGCAGCAUGACGGUCAACGUUCGCCUCAAGGUCAGGCGACACGGCAAUCGCCUGCUUCGUUGCUCGGUGGUGGAUUGAGCGUUCUGUAUAACACACCUACGGGAUUGGGACAUAAUAUGGCCCGUAAAUCGCGAUCCAAACAUACAAGUCCUUUGGUGUGUGUUAACGGUAAUGGCAGUGGAGGAAAAAUUUCGCCAACUGUUCCGCUUAUACCCACUGCUUUAACGCAUUUCGCCGGCAGCAAAUGCUUUGAUGCUCCGGCGCCCACUGCUUUGCCUAAGCCGCCCGAGCAUUGGACUUUAAAUAAAAGCGAAGAGAAGAUGACCAGCAGCGCUGGUCCAAGUCUACAAAGUGUGAUUAACGCCCGUUAUAACCACCAACGUCAUCAUCAUCACCAUCAUCAUCAUAAUCACAAUCACAACAGCAGCGGUAGCAGUAUCAGCAGUUAUGCUAUGGACGCUCAUACUUAUGGUGGUCAUGUGGUUAAGAGCUCUAAACGAAAUCUGCUCGAUGACUUUGAUACGCACAAUUUGAAAUUGUUGCUCAACGUGCAAUCGUAACCGCAUUAAACAAACGACCCGAACGCAUAUCGAUAUAAUAUAUGAUUAAUAUCUAUGACAACUGCAACAGCAACAAUAGCGUGUAAUUAAAACGCAAUACAACCACCAAACAACCAAUAAUAAUAAUAAUAAUAAUAAAAAUAUUUUAAUAAAUCGACAUAAUAGUAGCAACAACAUUUAUAAUUUUAAAAAUAUAAACAAAAUUUUCUAAAAACCUAAACUUAAACGGUUGGAAAAAUCUCAACAGUAAUAUCAACAAUCAACCAACCAACCAACCAAUCCUCUUACAAAUGCUUGUGAUCUCAAGUAUAAAACAUAAAUAAUAAAAUAAAACC